GUUGGAGCUGGAGUCAUCUGCACACAGAGAGGGAGGGAGAGGAAGAAAGACGUCAGAAAAAGCUCUGCUUCUGACAACACCACUGUUCAGCGACCAUCAUAGAAAGAAAACUACUUUCGCCUUGCUCUGACGAAAUUGUUUUUCAUGUAUAGUUGUCUAUACUGAGGGCUGUUCAAAGGGGAUACUGCAUGACACUGUUUCCUGUUCGCCCUGCAUCAUUUUCUCUGAUUUACUAAGAUGACAGUGGUGUCCCCAUGCACUCAGAAUCUGAUGGAUAGUGCUCACCCUCACACCGUACUUAGCAAGCUGAAUGAGCAGCGCUCACAGGGCCUCUUCUGUGAUGUUACCAUUGUGGUGGAGGAUGUUAAGUUUCGGGCCCACAAGAACAUCUUGGCAGCCUGCAGUGGGUACUUCAGGAACGCUUUGACAACUCCUGAGACAUGGAGCUCCAGCCAAGUGCUGGAGCUGAUGGACCUGAAGUCAGAGGUGUUUGCCAGUAUCCUCAACUUCAUCUACUGCUCAAAGGUGACAUCACCUGCUGUAGAGGACACAGGAGGACUAGUGGCAGCUGGAAAAAGACUUGGAAUCCCGUUUUUAGAGAAGCUCGCAGAACAAGAGAAAAAGGACAAAUGUGUUAAAUCGGCAGACUCUAGCACAGCCCCAGUGUCUAAAAUAACUAAGAAGGAGGCUCCCAGGCCUGAGGAGAUAGACAGUGCCAGAGGACCACGCAUCACCAAUGCCUUCUCUAUCACUGAAGUGUGUCCUGGAAACAAUCCUUUCACCCCUCUGGUACAACCCAGUGGGGAGAGGCAGUCACCAGAUGUGGGACAGCUCCCAUCAAGUUGCCCUACAACGUCCUGCCUCAGCGGGAACAAUGAGACCACCCAUGCCCUCUCAGAGCACUCAUAUGCAGUGAGCAAAUCUACUGAAAGCAAAGACAACAGUCAGCCGGACAAUAAGAAAGUCUGUAAGCCAGCAAUAUUACAGCCAAAGCAGCUCCUUUACAAGAACACAGGCCCGCUUAAAAAGCGUCACAGACUGAGAGGCAUUGUGGGUAAAACAAUACUUCCAGCACCAGCUGAACCACAAACAGAUAAACCAAAUACAAUAACCUCCACAUUAGCUGAUGACGUUACUGCUGUUGCAGUCAUGACACCACCUCCACUUUUUUCAGGGGUAGAAAAAGAAAAGAGUGUGGACCCAGGGCUACCCACAGCCACUGACAACGUUCAGAUGGAGUUAGGUCCACCAGCCCUUUCCCCUCACACAGAGGACAGCAUCUCAAUCUAUGGAUGUGAGCACUGUCCAGAAAUAUUCACAAAUAAAGCUCUUCUCACCGUUCACUCAGAAGUACAUAAAAAACGUUUCGUCAGUCAUUUGUUUUGCAAGUUUUGUCACAGAAAGUUCAUACACCUCAAACGGCUGCGCAACCAUGAACAGAUCUGUCCUAAAGCUGUAAGAGACCCACCUAAACUAGAUGCCACUGACAUACCAGCCAAAGAGGUGGACCUCCAUUCAGAUGACAUGCCGACCAUUGAGAGCAUUGUGACACAGCUUCCCUCUGCUGACCUCUCCAGCCCUUGCACCCCGGAGCCCCUUCAAGUGGACCAAUCAGAGCUUGAACAGGAAGAGAGGGUUGUGAGGCCAGGUGGCAGUCAGAGGAGAUACAACUGCAGUGUGUGUAAACGGGUCUAUGUCACCCUGUCCAGUCUGAAGCGGCAUGAGAAUGUACAUUCCUGGCAGAGGGCCUAUCCCUGUCACUAUUGUAAUAAAGUGUUUGCUUUGGCAGAGUACCGUACAAAGCAUGAAAUCUGGCACACAGGUGAACGACGUUAUCAGUGCAUUUUCUGCCUGGAGACAUUCAUGACAUACUAUAUCUUGAAGAACCAUCAGAAGUCUUUUCAUGGCAUUGAUCCCAGUUUAGCUGUUAAGAAAAAAUCUGCCAAUGGUGGGUUGAAAGCCAGUGUUUACCCAAUCAAGCUCUACAGGCUUCUGCCUAUGAAGUUUAGAAAGAGAAAAUACAAGACGUACAGUGAGACAUACUCAGAGAGUGUUGAAAGAGGUGACCAAGCUCCACAAGACAGCAGCUCUCUUAUCCCUCCAUUUGAAGAAAAUGGCCUGAUCAGCCACCCUGACACUGUGUCAUUGCCUCUGACAUUCAUGGCAACGACAAAGACGAUGGCUCCUGUCAUGCCUCGCAUUACCUUUGACAAGCCAUGUGACCAAGAUAUUGACGAAAGUCUGAGCAGUGAAAUGGAAAUUCCGAGAGGCACAAGAAAAGAGGCUGAGAAUAGAGAUUCCCCCUUCAUUAACUACAACAGUACCUUCUCUUUGCAACCCGAUGCAGAGGGUUACAAAGUUGAUCCUCCAGUGCUAAUGAACUCAGAAUACAUCAGUCAUAAUGUGCCACUCUUAAACUCUUUGAACACUGUUAAAAAGUUAGGUGAGCUAUCAGCCUCUGCAAAAAGAGUGGAGGAUAUGACCAAGGAGAUACUUCAGUCAAGCACUGAGACUCUAGUGCGUGAUAAAACGGUGGGCGCAAAGACAGAAACAUAUAUUGCCAAACCUGCAUGCCCAGGUCCAUCAGUGGACGGUGAUACCAUGCCACUCUGUCAGAUAACAGUGAAAAUAGGCAAUGAAGCCAUCAUCCGCCGCCGAAUCAAAGGAUCCAAGCUCUUCCCCAGAAAAAAAAGGAGAGUAAGAGAACUGAGGGACGACGAGAGCCCAAGUCAGUGCCCUUCAACAAGAGAAAGCUCAGAGAGCCCCAGGCUCCGCCUUAGACCUGAAGUCACUGUCACCAAAAGGCCAGAGACAUAUGAUGAUCCUAAUGACUGUGACACAGGUGAUAAGCUUUGGCGUCCCUACUAUUCUUACAAAGCUAAAAAGAAAAGGAAGAAGCUGCGAUUCAAGCACAGAAAAGCUUUGUUCCACCGUUACCCUGAAACAACUGUAGAUAGAGAUGCUGCCACUGAGGCCCCCCUUGACAGAAGCAAUUGGCUGACAGAAGAGUUCAUCUCAGGUGGUAGUGCAGAGGUGAAACGUAGCCUUACCAGGAACUGCAGCCCGAGGGCCACCUACAACUGUGACAUCUGUGAUAGCUCUUUCAUCACAGAGACUGGUCUGAGAGCUCAUGUUAUUGGUUCCCACCCAUGUUUCUGCAGGACCUGUGGUAAACAAGGUCCCCCUGGUGAAGCACCCGCUGGCGGCGAUUACAUCUGCAACAGUUGUAUGGAAAAUGGCUCCUGCUUUGACAAUACACCCCGGAGCCCCAACCCAGAAAAGAAGUAUCGCUGCUCCUUCUGUCCCCAGCGUUUCCUCUACCUUGCCACCAAGAGAAGCCAUGAGAAAAAACACCAAGAGACAAAUGAGGAGGAAUAUAACUAUGACAACUUUACACCAUGCUCUAAAUACCUAAGUGAAGACAAUAAACAAGACACCAUCAAAACAGAAGACAGUGACAAUCAAGGGGGCACUGACAUAAAAAGUGAAAGGGGAGACGGAGGACAUUUUAUCAUUGAUAAAAUUAAACCUAAAAUUGAGGACACAACUGACUUUAUGUCUUUGACUACAUACCAAGACAUGUCAUAUUCCAACAUUAAAAGUCCAUUAUCACCCUGCAUUGACCCACUGUUUUCCCUGACAUCCUCGAAGGUGAAACAUAAAAUGGUGAAAAAAAGGAUCAACGCACUGCAUUCCAUGCAUCUCAUCUCAAAAAAGCAAGCCCGUGACAGAGACAGCGAUAGCAACAAGGAUAUUUUGACGGGGCCAGCAACAAACAGUCACAAUGAUCAUGAGACAUCCUGUAAACUGUUUAGGAAAAAUGACUCUGAGACUAAAGGUACCCACAUUUCUAUACACAAGCCAGAGAAAUGGGUCUGCAAAGAGGAACCAUUUUUUUAAAGAUUGUUGAAGGACAGCGAUCAACUAUAGGCAAAAGUGAAAGUGAAUAAAAUUUGACUCUGAGCCACUGCUUUGGUUAGGAGAUGUAGAAUUUGUAAUUUGCAGCUGAGCUCAAUAAAAUGUUUGGAAUAGAUGUCACCAAACACGAGGAUCUAAUACCAGUGUGGGCUGUAAUUGUUUCCCUCCUCAACUCAACAACUGAGUGAUUUUUCACCUUUGUAAAAGAUUUUUUUUGGAUAAUAUAGGAUAUUCUGACACAAACUGUACUUUGUCCAUUGUCUAUGCAUAUAAGGCAGACUCAGUGACAUGACUGUAACCUCAAGAAGAGAAAUGAAUGUUGGUAACAUUUCUAGUGUGCAGUUUCAGAACAGGGGUGGGAUGUGUUGGACAACUGAAAACUGACUAGUGAAGUGACAUCUUCACUUUUUAAAAUAAGUCUGGGGAAAACAAUAUGAAUUUUACGACUGUCACAUUUUUUAAUCUCCCGUUCAGUUAACUGGGCAUGGUGAGUUGCACUUUAUAGUCUGACUAUGCUAAUGUGUUGGUUAAAUACUUUGAUAAUCCAAUUUCACUUCUAAACACCAUUGAUAUACUUCUAAUUUCUAAUUAACACAUGGCACCAUUGAGUUAGUACUUUUGU